AGCCGAACUACGACGAAAUGAGACGAACACAGCCGAAGCUUUUUCAGACGUGAGCAAAACCGUCCGCUAUGAGACCUGCAGGAAGAGCUCAGCGACCACGAUAGUACAUCUGCAAAAUCAUUCAAAAAGGAUUAACGUUAUAAUGUCUUAAUAUGUUUUUAAACGGCUCAUGUCAGUAGGUGUCCAGUGAGCUGCCUGUAAGAUGUCUAUGGUCCUGUUUGCCUCUGUGGUGAGAGUGAGGGAUGGUCUACCUCUCUCGGCCUCCACUGACUAUGAACAGGAUAAAGGGCUUCAGGAGACCAAGAAACAUCUCAAGAGUCUGUCCAAAAAACUCAGCCAGUUUCCUGAUCGCUGCUCACUUAGAUCUGGCAUAUACAACAUCAAUUUUACAAGCUCUCUCGGAGUUGGGUAUAUGAUGGUUUGCACAGAAAACUAUCCCAAUGUCCUGGCCUUCAGCUUCCUGGACGAGCUUCAGAGAGAGUUCAUUGUCACGUAUGACACCAAGCGGAUCAACAGCGCUUUGAGGCCUUUCUCUUUUAUUGAGUUUGAUAACUUCAUUCGGAAAACCAAGCAACGUUACAAUAGCCCACGUUCCCUCUCCACCAAGAUUAAUCUAGCCGACAUGCAGACUGAGAUCAAGCUCCGGCCUCCUUAUCAGCUCUCCGCGGAGGACAUUGGAUCAAUCAACGGCUUCUCAGAACACAAGCAGUCUAAAUAUAAAGGCAUUGCUCCUAAUCAAAUGUUGGAGGCCGUCACCCUGUCGGGUAUCGUCGCCUGCAUCCUAAGUGUCCUGUGCGGCGCUCUUAAUUUGCUGCGGGGAGUCCACGCAAUAGAAAGCGUAUUGCAGAACGAGGAUGAAGACUUUAAUUACGUAAUUGCUUUUUUCCUUGGAACCGCGGCCUGUGUGUAUCAGUGUUAUUUGUUCGUCUACUUCUCAGUUUGGAGGAACAUCAAGUCAUUCCUGGCCUUUGCUAUGAUCUGCCUAUGCAACAUGUAUCUGUAUGAACUCCGUAACAUGUGGCAGAUCCUCUUUCACGUGACGGUGGGUGCGUUCAUCACUCUGCAGAUCCACCUGAGAGGACCGCAGGGCAAAGCACCAGACUACAACGUUUGACCCCCUUGAACUCUUUUAAGACUGCAUAACAGCCCAGCACUUCAACCCAUUCUGAGGAUAAAAGAACUAUGGAUUGUGAAGCAGGUUUUACAUAUUGUUUUGAUAUUGCUCAAGAAACACUUCCUGCUGUUUCACAUCCAGUUGAGAUCAAAGAUGGAAAACUGCUGUUUUGGUUGAAGCAAAAGGUUCAUAACGGUGACUUCAUACGUGGACAAUAUUGGACUCAUGCAUGAAAUAUUAAAGCAAAUUAGUAGCAGGUAAUUCAGAUGUGCACAAUUAAUAUAUUUUCCAAUAGGGAGGCAUUGUGGUUAUUUAUAGUUUUAAUUGACGUCAGGGCUUAAAGAGACAGCUCACCCAAAAAUGAAAAUUCUGUUGUCAUUUCUUGAAGAACGUGGCUUUCCUCCAUACAAUGAACGUGGAUGGCCACCGUGGUCUGUCAAAGAUAAAAUAAAAUAAAAGCAUCAAACUAAUAUAAAAUAAAACCUUAAACUACUUAAAUAUAUGCAGAUUUUGUAAUAAGCGUAAAAUACGUUGUUUCUAUAUGCACAAUCAAAAUCUUUAAAUCUAUUGUUUUAUAUUUUUAAUAUGAUUGUCAUUUGCUAUGUAGUUCCUUCCCUCAUUAAAGCCGUUACAUACACUGUCUUAUAAUUCUUUUUGUCCAAUUUUCAAAUAGGUUUUUUUUUUUUAUUCUUCGCAUUAAAGUUUGUAAUGUUGUGAUUCACCUUGUAGCUGGUUAGUUUGGUUCAUGGUAACUCUUUAAUGAAGGCUAUGUGAAACAUAUUUCCAGAACCAAGGGCACUGAAAAAGUGUGUGGGUACUGUUGCACUCUAGCUUUGUGUGAGAAACAGACCAAAAUGUAAGUUAUUAUUCAAUAAAAAUAUUGCUUGACAAUUGUGGUAUUAUUCACAGUUUAUUGUAUGGUAAAAAGCUGCUUAGACAU